AUGGGUCCCUUCUCCACACGCAGUUUUGCGCUAUUCCUAGGUAUCACCCUCGCUACCGCCGCACCAGCGCCUGCGACCAGCGACGCCCAGGUUGUCUCCGGAGCGCCAGCAGAGGCCAAUGCCCGGUUGGCUGACUUCGGAUACGCUGGCUCAGGUUGUCCCCAGGGAAGCGCCACGUCUGGGUUCGAUGCCGCAGUCAAUUGCAACAGAUUCUACUUCCCGGACUUAACAGCUUCCAUCGCGCCGGGCGAUUCGCAGAGCGACCAUAGCAACAACUGCCUGAUGCAGAUUUCCUUGGAUUGUGAUCCAGGCUGGAAGUUCACCGUUAAGCCACACAAUACUAAAUUAACGGCGCAUGUCAAUCUGAGGGAUGGGGUAGCCGCAUCGUAUAUCACAACAUAUGAUAUAAUUGGGACAGGACAGGCGAGGGGCGUCGUUCAAUAUUCUUUCACCGGGCCCCGCAACGACAACCCAAGUGUAGCCGAUCCGGCACCAAGUACGAGUUACCCAACCUCGAAAUGCGGUGGCGGCAUCCUAGUGGUUGAUCGGAGAGUGAGUCUUUCCAAAGGGACUAGUUCGUCGCCGGUGGGAUCGAUGCAGCUUUGGGGAGAUGCCAACGAUGGAGACGGUACGAAUGCGAACUUUGUUCCAUGGGGUGCAAUAGAGUGGUCGAGGUGCUAA